GCUGGGGUUCUUAUAGGGUCCUUUGGUGGUGAGACUGUCAUUCAGGAGAUAGGACAUCAUGUUUGACGCGGUGAUUCGCUUUUUGAAAGAUUUCUUGGCCGGUGGUGUGGCCGCAGCCAUCUCCAAGACAGCUGUGGCCCCCACUGAAAGAGUCAAACUUUUAUUGCAGAUACAACAUGCCAACAGACAGAUCACAGUUGAGACACAGUACAAAGGCAUCAUGGACUGUGUAGUGAGAAUUCCCAAAGAGCAGGGAUUCCUGUCUUUCUGGAGAGGCAACCUCGCUAACGUCAUCAGAUAGUUCCCCACACAAGCCCUCAACUUUGCCUUCAAAGACAAGUACAAGAAGAUCUUCCUUGGAGGAGUGGACAAGAAUACCCAGUUCUGGCGUUACUUUGCCGGUAAUCUGGCCUCUGGCGGUGCCGCCGGUGCCACCUCUCUGUGCUUCGACCGAGUUUGGGCACCCCUGGUCUACCCUCUUAACUUCGCCAGAACAAGGCUUGCUGGUGAUAUCGGCAAAGGCGCAACGGAGAGAGAGUUCACUGGUCUUGGGAACUGCCUUGCCAAGAUCAAGUCUGAUGGUAUUAAGGGUCUCUACCUUGGCUUCAAUGUGUCUGUCCAGGGCAUUAUUAUCUACAGAGCCGCUUACUUUGGUGUCUACGAUACAGCUAAAGGUGUGCUCCCAGACCCCAUGAACACGCACAUUGUCAUCAGCUGGAUGAUCGCCCAGACUGUCACAGCUGUUGCCGGUAUCAUUUCAUAUCCCUUCGACACCGUCAGACAUCGUAUGAUGAUGCAGUCUGGACGCAAAGGAGCUGACAUUAUGUACAAGGGCACAGUCGACUGUUCGAGAAAGAUCACCAAGGACGAAGGUCCCAAAGCUUUCUUCAAGGGUGCCUGGUCCAAUGUGCUCAGAGGCAUGGGUGGCGCUUUUGUGCUGGUCCUGUACGACGAGAUCAAGAAGUACACAUAAACAUUCUCCAUCCAUCGUGUCCAUCCCACCAAAGGAAACCCUGAGCGCUGUGUAUGUCUUAAUUGUGUAGAGUGUUAACAACCAGGGAGAGUAGGGGAAGUGUACUUAGCCAAGCUGACCCAGGGGUGGACUGAGAUCAUGUGAUCAUCGGUGGCCACUGCACCCUCCACACGUGUGUAAAUAUAUUUAAGUCUACCUACUGCCCCUCAGUUUUAGCUGGCUUUCCGUCUGGUCCGGUUGAAUUUUUUUCUAGACUAUAUGUUCUACAGUGGCUCCUCUCUUCUGUAGCAAGCUGAACAUUUAUUUCCGGACUGAAGCACGUGGCUGUACACUGGAAAGCUGACUGUUCUUGUGGUGUAUUCCACCUUAUGUGUUCUUUUAAUAAGAACAAAGCUGAAAAUACAA